AUGGUGGUAGUGAGAGUGCAGAGAGCCCGAGUAUUUCGCUACACGCCGACCGCAAAGAUCUGGGCAUGGACAGUCAAGGUGCUUCCGUUCGUUUUAGUGUUGCUCGUCGUGUUCGCCAUGUGCUUCAUAGCUAUAACUCGCGCUCCAGCUUUACAAAAACGAAAUUCUCUGAAGGUCAACAGCUUACAUGUGGCAAAAUUAAAACCAGAUCCAGCUAGCAGUGCACAGAAUAAAGAUUUCCAGUUAGAACGUUUGUUGAAGUCGAAGCCACCAAACCUUCACUUGUUCGUCACUCAGUUGAAGAAUGAAGCUAACGGAUAUUGUGCGGGAAAACUAGCGGAAUUGCAAGGGAAUGCAGAAAAAUCGAAUGUAAUUUCAGAACGAUUAGAACCAUGUCGACCAAAACCAUGGUGCCCAAAAAUACCACCAGUGUUAUACGGUGCUGAGAAAUUGGAUAGUGUCGCUGUUAAUAUGACCGAAGAGGAAAUCGUGGACGCGGUUGGAUCAAUGGGCGUGGGCGGUUCUUGGGCACCGGAUGAUUGUAAAGCCAGACACUCGGUGUGCAUCAUCAUACCAUACAGGGACAGAAAGGAUCAUUUAUGGACAUUGUUGUACAGGCUCAUACCGGUGUUGAAAAGACAACAGUUGGAUUUUAAAAUAUUUGUCGUCGAACAGGUCAGCAAUGUAACGUUCAAUAAAGGGGCAAUUAUGAAUGCGGCUUUUUUGACGAUUUACCGUACGUACGGCCUACGUGGUGAGGGUGAUUGGCAUAAAGGGCUGUACGGCUGCUAUGUCUUCCAUGACGUGGACAUGUUGCCAGAGGACGACAGAAACAUGUACAGUUGUCCGGAAUUUCCCAGACACUUGUCGGUGGCCGUCAACGAAUUUAAAUAUCAAUUACCUUACCACAAGUUGGUGGGUGGCGUGUUCAACAUAAGACCGGAUCAUUACUUCCUCGUCAACGGCUACUCGAAUCUGUUUUGGGGUUGGGGUGGUGAAGACGACGAUAUGGGAUAUAGGUUGGAACAGGUCGGCUUGCCGAUCACCCGGCCGCCCGAGCGGUUGGCCCGGUACACGAUGGUCAAACACGUGAAGCGCAAACCCCUCGCUCACGCCGUCCGACUCAAGUUGGUGCACACCAGCCAGAAACGUUACAGGGCCGACGGGCUGAACACGCUCAAGUACGAAGUUUUCCGGGUGGACACCGAGAAGUUGUACACCCGCAUACUGGUCGGUGUCGGAGACAUGCCCGAAUACGUCCGAUCGUUCGAGGUCGGCCGGCGGACCACCGCCACGGUGCAGAACAAGAGGUGGAAGUGA